AUGAAGCAAUACGAUAUAGUGCUGGACAUCGGGUGCGGAUCCGGGAAUAUAACACAAACAUUGGCCGAUGUAUUGAAUGCCAAACAAAUCUAUGCCAUAGAUGUGGACAAAGAGAUGAUUGCAUUUGCCGUUCAAAAUCACGACAAACGCAACGUUCAGUAUUUGGUCCAAGAUUUUGGCCUCGAGUGGCAUCUGCUGUCACCGACACUGCGGGCACUGGAGGGCAAAGUGGACCUCAUAUUCACUAACCAUUGUCUCCAUUGGAUUCAGGAUAAGGAGAAUGCGGUGAACAAUAUGUGUCGACUGAUGAGUGCCGGCAGUCGACUAUACGCUAACAUAUCAUUAGUUUCAGAUCCCUAUCAAGAGUUGUCGACCGAAGCGAAACUCAUUCACGAAAUACGGUUUAUGAAAAUACCGACACGAGAGACACAAAUCGACAUUUGGCUCAAACUCUUCGCUCGAUUCGCUUUAACCGUCGAUUCACACGAAGUGAUGAACAAAAGCUCAAGCAUUGAAACUCAAGCAUUCAAUAAACUUGCAUUACCGUUGAGUAUAACGAUGUGGAAACAGUAUUUCGUUGACUACGAUCGAGAUAUCGGUAUAAUUGGUCCGCAAAUUCAGUCCAAAGCUAUGGCCAAAACAAAUAGAAAUGGCAAAAUGAUUGGUAUUUCAACCAUCGCUUACCAACUAUUGUCUGUCGCGUGGAUCACAAGCCAUAGGCAAGUCAUACACGACAACACCUGUGGCCGCACUCAAUGGCACUCAAGCUAUGACUUUAUUAUAGUCGGCGGCGGGACUGCCGGCGCAGUUGUGGCCAACAAACUGAGUUCAAGCCAUUCAACAGUGCUGUUACUGGAAGCCGGGGGCUCACAAAGUGCCACAUAUAAUGAUAUACCAGGUUUAGCACUAAAGGGAAACGCAAUGAAUGUUAACGAAUGGGUAUAUUAUAAUAAACCACAUGAUCAUUAUGGCCAACAGUACGCCGGGGGUCGAGUGCCGGAGAAUAGGGGCAAAACAUUGGGCGGCUGUUCGGCGCAUAACGGCGUGCAAUACAAUCGGGGUAAUCGUCGCGGGUAUGACGACUGGGCCCAGACGUACGGCGCCCGCGGAUGGAGUUAUGCGGAUGUGUUGCCGGUGUUCAAAGAGUGGGAAAAUAAUACCGAUCCGUAUAUUGUGGACAGUAAUCCCGGAUAUCACGGCACCGGCGGACCCAUUCAGAUAUCAUCGCAACCUUACAACCCAUUUAUCUAUGCAUUGAAGAGUGCGUUAAUAGACUCCGGGUUUGUGUACACAGAUAUGAAUGGUCCGAUACAGGAGGGAGUUAUGGUUAACCAACAGUAUAUAUCGGCUGAGCGUUUCAGAGUGGGAACGGGCGGUGUGUUUGUCGACCCGAACCCAUAUCCAGAUAACCUGCAUAUAGUGUGCAAAGCAUUGGUCACUAAAAUACUGUUCAAUGGGUUGUAA